AUGAAGUCUUUUGCUCCCCUUCUUGUCCUCGCUCCCUUCGCUUCCGCGGCUCUCACAUCUUCGACCCAGAACGAUGUCACCAACGGCAGCGGCUGCAAGGCUAUGACUGUUCUCUUUGCUCGCGGUACCACCGAGGGUGGUAACAUGGGAUCAGUUGCCGGUCCACCAUUCGUCUCUGCGAUUGGAAAGAUGAUGGGAGGCGCACAGAACCUUGCCGUCCAGGGUAUCGAGUAUCCCGCUGACAUCCCCGGAUUUUUGGCUGGCGGAGAUGCCGCAGGCAGCAAGUUGAUGGCGCAGAUGGUCGGCCAGGUCAUGACUGCGUGUCCCAACACUGCACUCGUUAUGGCUGGUUACUCUCAGGGAGGACAGCUCGUCCACAAUGCCGCCACUAUGCUGACAGCGGAUCAAGCUGCCUUCGUCAAGAGCGCCGUGAUCUUCGGCGACCCAAACAACGGCGAUGCCGUCGGCAACGUCGGUGCCGCAAACACUAAGGUCAUCUGUCACAAUGGUGAUUUGAUCUGUGCCGGCCAGAGUGUCAUCCUUGCACCUCACUUGACCUAUGGUCGUGAUGCAGACACUGCCGCUGCAUUCGUCAUGUCGACUGCUGGUGCUGCUGCUGGAGGCGCCGCAGCGGCUGCUGCCAAGGUUGUAGUCGGCAAAGUUGCCAACGGCUUCUCUGCUUGA